UGCCUGCAGGCUUUAGUUUAGUUUUGGUGCUUUGAGUCAUUGCAGGCAAAGCAGCUGUUCGUCGUGUUUCAGAAACUUUCCCCGAGCCGUACUUCAUCGUGCCAGCAUGGACGCGACGUGAUCGGCUGGACGUACUGUUGAAUACCCGACACCAUGCCAGCCACGAACCUGUGGGCGGUAGACAGCACGGGGCGGGUGCACACGCUGUCCACCGCUGGGUCCCGGUGGCAGGAGCUGCCCUACUCUGGCGUCGACCUCAAGCGGGUGUCAGCGCUGCCCAGCUGUGCCUGGGGGAUUGGCAGUGACCACCAGGUGUACAUGUAUUUGCCUCAGAGUGAUGUGCCCAUUAGAGUUGCUGAAGUAACAUACGAGAACCAGCGCUGGAACCCCAAAGAUGGCUUCUGCGCCCGACUCCUGCCCACCGACCGCCCUUCCUGGAGCAGCAGGGACGGACUCGUGGCCCGUUACAGGGAGAACAUCCACCCGCCAUCGUUGGGAUGGCAGUGGGAGGGACGCUGGUACCUUGAGGACAACAUGGACGGCCAGCUGCUUGGAACUGAGGGCUGGACCUAUUCUGUGGAUUUCCCGUUCACUUACACCCACGAGAAGCACUGGAAUUCGAUGGUCCGGCGACGCAAGUGGAUUCGAUACCGCCGCUAUGUUGCCACUGACCGCUGGGCUGAGAUUGAAGGGAUCCAUUCGGAUCCCGUCCUCGAGCCCGUGGUGGAUGUGUCCAUUGGCGGCGUGGAGGUUCCGGGUGGUGACCCUGACCACAUUGCUGUCUGGGUCGUCACUGUGAUUGGCCGGGUGUUUUUCCGUGAGAAUGUCACACGAGUCUGCCCUGAGGGCACGUCGUGGAUUCCGGUGCCAGUUCCCGAGAACUCCGAGGUCAGCCAAGUCUCUGUUGGUCGCACCGGCCUGACCUGGGCGGUGGCCUGGAAUGGAAAUGCACUUGUUCGUCUCGGUGUAUCACGCUACAGUUAUAUCGGAACUGAAUGGACAGAAGUGGCUGCACCCGAUGCUGAAGAGAAGUUGUUGCAAGUUGCUGUGGGGCAGAACAUGGUGUGGGCCGUUGGACGAAAUGGAACGGUCUGGUUUCGCAAGGGCAUACGGUGCGACGACCUCAGCUGUCGGGCCUCUGUCACAGGGUCUGGUUGGGUGAAGAUGAUUGGCACGAUGGCCAUGAUCAGUGUCGGCCCCAAUGACCAGGUGUGGGGCAUCACGCGCGACGACCGCCAGCUCUGUCUGCGCACCGGCGUCACGCUCGAGGAGGCCAGCGGCCGGGAGUGGAAGGAGAUUGUCGUGCCCUUUGGGAACGCUCUCAGCCGGACUGCCAGCGUGAGCUCGCUGACGUCCCUGGGCAGCCUUCGGAUGACUACGCCCUCGUACGCUGCGGUGGUGGCGGAAAGUGGCGACGAUCCGCCGCGGACUCCGGAUCGGAAGAAGAUGUCUCGCCACAGCUCGCGCUCGGGGUCUCCGUGCAGUGACACCGUGGUCGCAAGACACCAGGAAUCCGUAGGGUCAUCUCCAAUGCAUAACUUUGCACACUCGACAUUUGGCGAGCUCUCAACCUGCAUGAAUUCCACUUACCCAGACGAAUGGCCGACCCCUGCUGUCCACGACGCAGUCGGCUCCGUCACGUGGUCUUGGGUCAGUGGUACCGCCUGCACGAUUGACUUUCCCGGCGCCCUGCCCAACUGGUUCAGUCUGACGGGUUCAACUGUUGAUGGCGCUGUUCGAUACUUGGAAAAUGCUGAGUGGCGGAAGCUCGUGCUGCGUCGCCUCCGAGACCGUCGGGAAAAGGAGACGGAAAACUACAACUACGAUUCCGCGAUUGAAAAGUCUACGUGGGUCAAGUGUGCGACCGCACAGCUGUGGCGUGACUCGCACCCCUGCCAGUGGGUGCGCUGUCGGCUCGAGCUGGAACGGCUCGGCUCGGAAGGGGAAGCCUGCGACCUGGCCAUCUUGAGGCUGCUCUACCACCACGCUGGUUCUGACAGGAGGAUGGCCUUGAAUCUGGCCGAAGUGACGUGCGCUUGCGACCUGUCGAACCGGGAACGCCGUCUACUGGGCAUCUACACGCAGACCCUGAAUGAGAAGCAUUCCUGCAUAAAGCUGGCAUUCGGCACUGACGACGAACUCGAAGACUGGAUUGCGACGCUGAACCUGGUGGCUUUCGGAAUGCGAGGCCUGACUGACAACGCAGUCCACGCUGGCGCUGCCUGGGGAAUCACAGAACGGGGUCAUGUGUUCGUCCACGAAGAUGGUGAACCCAAAUCACCCAUCGACGACAUGGCCAUGACAGACAUCUGCUGGCGUCACCUGGGUGGUGGCCACUUCCAGACGGUUGAGUCGUGCCCUGCCGGCAUCACGUGGGCACUGGGCAACAACAAGACGGCGUGGGCCUAUACAGGAGGCUACGGAGGAGGUGUCUUCAAGGGUUUGACGGGCCACAACGUACGAGUGGGGCCCAUGUCGGACAUGAAGUGCGUGUACAUCUACGAGAACCAACGCUGGAACCCUAUCUCCGGGUUCGCUCCCCGGGGCCUGCUCACCGACCGUUACAUGUGGAGCGAUGCCUCGGGACUGGUCGAGUGCACCAAGGACGGCACCAAGCUCGACUCUGUCCACUGGCACUGGGUGAGCGACUGGCAGGUGGACUACCACACUCCGGGCGGCGUGGACAAGGACGGGUGGCAGUACGCGGCCGACUUCCCCUUCUCGUACCACGGCGCCAAGGGCAUCACCGACUACGUGCGCCGUAGACGGUGGUUCAGGCUUUGCCGGCUGAGCACAACUGGGCCUUGGGUCGAGGUGGAGCCGAUGCCCCUUCGAGACGUGUCGCUGUCGCUUGAUGCUAGGCCGGAUCACGUCGGUGAUGGAGGCGUCGCCCUGUGGGCGGUGUCUUCCACCGGGGAGGCCGUUUAUCGAAGGGGUGUGACACUCGACUGCCCACAGGGCAAGGCAUGGAUGCACGUGGCGACGGAGCAGCAGUUUGAGUCCAUCAGCGUUGGGGCCCGGCACCGUGUGUGGGCGAUUGGCCAGGAUGGCUGGGCCUACGCGCGCAAUGGCAUAUCAGAUGAGCGACCCACGGGCACUGCCUGGUUCCACAUCGAGCCGCCAUCUAGUAACACAGUACUGACAAAGGUUUCGGCUGGGUAUGCUACUGUAUGUGCCAUCGAUGCUUCGGGCAAGCUGUGGCGUCGUGCCGAAGUCAUGGACAUUUUCCCAGAAGGCACUGUCUGGACCUUGAUGUCAGAGAAUGUUCACUCUGUCUCUGUGGGCCCGGAUGACCAGGUAUGGGCUAUUAUAGACGUCAUCCGAAACAAGAGAGUCCUUAUCAGUCGAGUUCUAGCAAGGCGGAAAGGCAUCACAGAAGAAAAUCCCAUAGGAACGGAAUGGGAAACGGGAUACGGGAUGAGUUGGCGGCAUGUAUCCAUUCGUGGCAGCAUAAGGUACCAGUCUUGAAGUCUGAAAUGGUAAAGCGUCCUAGAGAUAUUCGCACGAAGCGCCUCCCCGUAGUUUGUCAGCGGGGAUGGUGCAACGUCCACAACGCUGAAGCCGAAGUUGAUUGUUGUGAGGGCUGGCAACCUCCCUGUGCAGCUAUUCCUUGUGGACCACGAACUUUUCGCCUGCAUUGUUAUAUGUGCGAGAAAUUAUGCAUGAGAUGAUCUCAUCGCUCAUCAUGUGCUCACACAUUGUUAUUCUGGUCAUGUUGUUUAGAAGUCAUUGAUAUCUUUCUCGAUUGACUUUUUGCCCACAAUGCUACAUACAAGAGAAACCAUAGAUGGGUUGAUCUCAUCCCCCAUCAUGUACUCACGCAUUGUUACUCUGGUCAAGCUCUUGGGAAGUCGUUGUGUGACCAAAGGUUGACGUCUUUCCCAGUUGUGAUUUUUAGGGGUGUUCAAAUAAUCAAACUUUCAAGCCGAAUUCAAUAUUAAUAUGUUUGAAUGAUAUGCCCUUUGAAUAUUGAAUUAAAGACCAUGUACUUUGCUGUUUCUAAAUGAAAAACAACAUGGAGAAGAGGGUGCUAUGCUAUAGAAAAAAGAAAAAAAUCUGGUUUAUAUUUCCUGGAAUAGUUGAGCCUCGUUCAUACAUAAAGAAAGAAGAAAAGUGUGAGGGAAAGCAUACUAGCAGAGAGGACACACGAGCUGAACUCACUAAAAAAUGUGGCAGAUUGAACUGUAGUUCACAUCUACAUAACACGAAGCACUGCACAAAUUGUUGGGGCUUGGUGCCGAGAGAUUGUGUUUUCCUGGAACGUAUCAACCGGCAAAAAAAAGAUUUGUAAGUUAAUUGGCUAUAUUUUUUUUAACCGGUUGCAAACAUUGGCGCUGGGAAAUCUUCCAAAACAGGAUCGUAUCAACGAGGUUCUACUAAUAUUCGUUUGUGCUUGGAAAAGGCUCUGAGUACACACCUUGCAAAUAGGCAAAAAAGUGAAAGUUCAUGAUAGUUCCUGGUUGGCUUCAAACACUUAAAAUGACUGGUGCACCAAAGGUACAGCUCUUCUUUCAUGGCCGCCAGACUCCAGUAAUCAUGUUCACCCCGUACGUUCACUCCUAAUAGAAGAUUGAAAGAAAUUGAACAUGAAAUUGAGACAAGCAUGUUCUAUUUGCAUUUGAAAGUUUGAAUAUUCGCACAUCCUGGGUGAUUUUCAUUUGUUCCUAUGUGAUGUCUCGAGAGCCGAUUUUAUUUUAGGUCAUCAAAAUGUAUAGCUGUUUAUCACCUAGCUAUCCUACAUUCAUCGAGCUCUCUGCUCGUCGUCCUGCAUGCUUUUGUGCGAGUGACUGUAAUUUAGAUGCAUAGAAAAGGAGAUGUGUUUAUAUGUUUGGUUGUUCAGGUUGUUCAUAGGUUAUGAAGGGGGAAUAUAAUGUCUGCUCAUGCAGAUUUUUUUUUUCCUGUUAAUAUAUGCGGCUUGUUGACAUUAUACGUGCUUGUCUUACAGCGUUGCUGUACGGUUUGAUGAGGCUUUGGAACAUUAAAGGCCAACUGCAACGAAAUUGUGGGCAGUGUGGAAAGCUUAGUUUCAGGUAGUCUAGAUAAUAGCAUACCCUUCGUGGAAAAUUUUAUGCCUACCUAGUAUAUGAGCGGAUGCCUCACGAAAAGGUCUUGGAUGUCGAUAUUUUUGAUGCCGGCACUGGCAAAAAUUGUGCCAUUAUCUCUAGCCGAAAACGAGACAAACCCCAGAAUAUUGAGAACUGCAGUAUAGUUUUGUCGCGUAAAACCCCUUAAUUUUUUUUUUUUAACUCCAGUGUAGCUCCAUGGUCAUGACACUCGAGGUCGGGCGACAUGUGUGAUGUACCGAGGCCAUGGUCUGGCAUUUGUGUCAUAUCCGCUAACCGCCAGGCGCACACGUAAUCUAAUUUUAAGUUCUAUCUAUUCAUGACAAAAAAUUAGACAAGUAUCAGGCUUACUGCCUUGACAAGCUUGUUUCAGUAGUAGGUAGUACAGCUAAUUUAUAACCAAUUUAGCCAAAGUGAAAUUGUGUUGCAGUUGGCCUUACGUCAUCGUCUGUACGACUGAUGUGCAUUUAUAAUUUGCAGCCGAAGCAGCUCCUGCGCUUAUGCAGACGUCACAAAGAGUAUCUUACUAGUUGCCUGCAUAACUAGCACAUUGCAAGCUCAACGACACUGUUAAAAAAUAUAAACCCAGCCCAAAAUGUCUUUGUUCAUGUCACUGCUGUUGUGCUUUUUAAUAUCAAAUUCUUAUUGGUUGUAUUUUUGUUAAGCUCUUUAUCAAUAUGCUGCUCAAUGAACAUGUUAUGGAGAGGUAAGAGUACCAGCAUUUGCUGGCCAAAUUAAUGCCUGAACUCACUAAACUGCUGGCAGAAUCGUGCUUUUAAUUACAUUGUGCUUACCGUCGUUGGGGUUCAGAUGGCAGCUAGCUUUAAGGCAUCGUGCACCUACCGUCAUAUCCAGCACUUCUUUGUUUUUUCUGGAUGCCAGCAAUCUUGCGCAUUAUAAUUCAUCCACCAAUGGCACACCCUUCUUGUUUGGCCUAAAGCUCAAGGAAAUUGAGGGAUUGUAGAUGAACUGUUUCAUCCAGAGCUAUAAUGUGCAGUGUGGUUUUGGUGCUUGUGCGAUAUCGUCGUAUUAAGGUGAGAUUGGGCAUGCUGAACUUUUAAGCGUCUUUCUGUCCUAAGCGCUCUUUUAUGCCGGACCCAAGCGAUGAUGCUAGCUCGCCGAAAAAGGACAAAUGCAGGCCGAGACGAACAGAUUAAAAUGAUGUUUUGGCCCCCAGACUAGAACAUUGUUCACAGUCGUUUCACAUUUUUCAAGACAAAGUCAUUUUUUGCGAGUUACCCACACUUUUCCGUACAGUUUAUGUGUGUUUCUAACCUCUUUCGUGGGCUGAUUCCAGAGAUAGGGCCAUGUAAGGGCAACUGGGUAUGUGGAACCCGGGUCACUGCAUAUGCGAUAACACUGUGUACAUAAUGGCUAUGAUGAUGGUGAUAACUGAUAACAAAAAUUUGGAAGGCAAUUUAACGUCUAGUUGACGUUGAUCAGGCGUCGCUCCAGCCCUGCUCUCGCAACAAAUUACAUGGUCCAUACACUUCAUUGUUAUCCCCAAUUCGCUUGGGAAGGCUUUGUCUUUCGUCGACGUUAGAUAAAGGUUGAAUCGCCUUCCAAAAUGUUUAUAUUGGAAAGAUGUAGUCGCUGAAAAAAAAAAUAAUAAAAAACCAUACACAAGAACUGGCAAUUAAAAUAACACACACAUAGAAGUAAGCCCCUUUUUGUCUUCGUCUCAAUUUUUCUUCUUCUGUGCUAAUAGUCAAAUCAACCUCUCGUGUUCGUGAAAUUUUGGCGCUGACUGUACAUAAUUGUUUUGUCGAUGCCUUUCUCUCGCUUGUAAGAAAAAAAAAACGAGUAAAAAAUGUGCGAGAACUG